AUGAGAGCGACCUCACGGGAGUAUACGCCGAGCGGUCAAAGAGAAGCAGAUCUCAAGAGAAAAGGUCGCGAGGGAAUUCCGACUCAGAGAAUCAGACCUCUAAAACAUGUGUCGCUCCGGCUCGGCGAGGUGAAUCGAUCAAAUAUAGUCCUCUCAUCACCUCAAUCCGCGUUUGCAAACCAUCAUGAAGGUCUUCAUCUAUUAUCAAAACGUGGUUUUUUCGACGCAGAGAGCACAGCGAAGGAGGUUGCCGAGGCCAAAAAGCUGAUAAGGCCACCUAAACCUCUUCCCACUGUAGAUACCUUGGAAAAAACCCAGUCCCAACAAAUUCAGCAUGCUGGCAAAAACCUGAAUGGUGAAAGUCUAUCCACGACAGCUAAUCCCGAAACCACUGCAAACGUUGAAUCAUUUAUAACCAAAGGACACGAAAAGGCAAUUCCCAAGAUUCAUGAUGAUAGUGGAACAGUCUUCGAAGCAGAUACAAUAAAUUUGAUUAAUGGGAAAGCGGAUUUGAGUGUAAAGAUUCCAGUUCAUAGGAAACCAGCAUUUUAUCACGCUUUCUUUCAACGUCGAUUUCCAUCCGAGCAGAAAUCAAUGAAGUACUGCUUUCCAGUCCUCAAAGAAGCAUGUACUUUCACUGGCGUAUUUUCAGGAUUUAAGAAGUUUGCAAGUAAAUCCAGUAAAUGGCUUCGCCCUAAAUCUAAUGAAUUCGAACACGUUGGUCUACUUUCGCCAUUACCUAAACGGCGGAGACCACUAGAAACACCUCCGGACGAUGGUCCUUACUACUCAGCGACCAUGUUGGCCGUGGACCAUAAUACCAUCCAAAGGGCACAAACUAUCUAA